GCGAUACUAGGAAAUUUUCCCAAAUUCUCUUCCUUUCUGGAUUGGAUGAAUCGAUGCGUCGACAUGGAGGAUCCCUCCUCCUCCUUCGCCAGCGUCACGGCCUAUCUCUCCGCGAUCUCCAAGACGCAUUCGCGGCUCAAGCAGCGAAUGGCCGCGUCGUGGACGCCGAGCGAGGAGAUGAACGAGGUGCGAUCGCGAUCCGGCGCCGAAAUGCGGCGCAAGCUCAAGUGGUAUGAUCUAAUCGCGAUGGGAAUGGGAGGGAUGCUGGGGGCGGGGAUCUUCGUCACGACCGGCACCGCCGCCAAGAGCUUCGCCGGCCCAUCGAUAGUGCUGGCAUACAUUGUGGCUGGCAUCUCGGCGCUCCUCUCGGCCUUCUGCUACACCGAAUUCGCGGUGGAAAUGCCCGUCGCUGGAGGCGCGUUUAGCUACUUGCGCAUCACAUUUGGGGAAUUCGCUGCGUUUUUCACUGGUGCCAACCUCCUCAUGGAGUACGUUUUGUCCAACGCUGCCGUGGCCAGGAGCUUCACUGCGUACUUUUCAGCCAUCUUUGGAGUGGCCGCUUGGAGAAUUGAGGUGACAGCAAUCCAUUCCAAAUACAACAUGCUGGAUUUCCCGGCCGUGGCUCUGCUCAUCAUAAUCACAAUAUUCUUGUGCUACAGCACCAAAGACAGCUCCAUUUUUAACAUGGUGAUGACAGUAGCCCAUGUUUUGUUCAUAUUGUUCAUCAUUGUGGCCGGAUUUGUCAAGGGAGACGUGAAGAACUUCACAACACCCGGACACCCGAGCAGCGAAGGUGGAUUCUUCCCUUACGGAGUCAGGGGAGUGCUAAAUGGUGCCGCGAUUGUUUACUUCAGUUAUAUCGGCUACGACGCAGUUUCAACUUUGGCGGAAGAGGUUGAAGAGCCUGUGAAGAAGAACAUACCAAUUGGUGUCUCCGGCUCGGUCGCUAUCGUUUCAGUCUUAUACUGCCUCAUGGCUGCCUCCAUGAGUAUGCUCGUCCCUUACGAUAUGAUUGACGCGGAUGCCUCCUAUCCGAUGGCUUUCAGGAAAGUUGGCUGGGAUUGGGCUGCGAAGAUAGUCUCGGUUGGUGCAAGCUUGGGGAUUUUUACGUCCCUGCUUGUUGCUAUGCUUGGACAGGCGCGAUACUUGUGCGUGAUAGGAAGGUCCAACGUUAUCCCUUACUGGUUUGCGAAGGUAAAUCCUUCUACAGGGACUCCAAUCAAUGCGACAGUUUUCUUAGGCGUUGUAACUUCUGCGAUAUCUCUGUUCACCGAUCUAGAGAUCCUACUCAACAUGAUUUCUAUCGGGACGCUCUUCGUCUUCUACAUGGUCGCCAACGCUCUCAUCUUCCGGAGGCACGUCGUGAGGAAGAUCUCCAGCCCCUGGCCGACGCUCGUCUUCCUCGCCCUCUUCUCCGGCUCCGCCAUCGGCUUCGUCACCUUUUGGAACUUGAACCGCAACGACCUCUGGUGGGGGCUCGUCUUCUUCGGCGUCUUGUGCGUGCUUCUCACUAUGAUCUUUUGGUGGAAAGUCCCGCAAGCUCACAAGCCGGCUGACUGGGGUGCUCCGCUCAUGCCGUGGUUAGCCGCCGUCUCCAUCUUCCUCAACGUGUUCUUGCUUGGCUCGGUGGACUGGCAGUCUUACAGGAGGUUUGGGCUCUGGUCGAUAGUGGUGGUGAUUUUCUACGUGGUUUACAGCGUUCAUGCGAGCUUCGACGCAGAAUCCAACCGCAGCAGGCUACUACUGGCAGGCAAAGCAGGGGAUUUAGAGCUCCAGGAUCAUCACCAUCAGCAGCAAGCUGUAAAGUCGAAGCUCCAGUUGGUGCAUGGCGAGCAGCAACAGGUUGUUCUUCAAGUCUGUCCGGGGGAUCAGAGCUAGAAGUAACUGCGAUGACUAUGACUUGGGAGGUACUAGAAACUUUACACCGUACUCGGGAUUGGCGAGGGAAGCUGGGCCAGGGCCUUGAAGAUUCACAGGCAGGAGGAGACAACCAAACAGACAGGACAGUGACUCACACACUCGGUUGAUUGAUUGAUGGAUACGGUAUCACUUCCACAUCUGGCCAGAGGAGGAAGAUCACGACUGCGAGAAGAUCGUUCGUGGUGGUCGACGAAGGAAAGCUUUGUAGCAUAUUUACAGUGGUGGUGGUAUAGGAUUACUUAGGCAAAUUCUUACGACAAAAGGAAGGGAGAAAUCUCCGCUGAAAGAAAAAUCCUCCAGGGAAAUCGAGCUCCUGGCUGUACUAUAAAAACGUCAUUCGCUGUUAACUUAGUUUGUUCCAUCUCUC